GUAGCAGCCCAGUUAAGAAAGUAAAGAUGAAUAAAAAUGUUUUAAAAGACUAUGUGCCAAAGUCGCAUACAUAGACGGGUAUUGGAACUCGGUUGUUUACUUCAACGGCAGCUGUGGUCGCCUAAACAGCACCAGGCCCUAUUGUAGGGGUUUGGAGUUUUACGUAUGAUUACGGAUAUGGAAGAUGUAGAAACUGUAUUCAUCAGUUAUGGAGAAUAAAGGAAGCAACAACAACCAUGGUUUUUCUCCAGAAUCCAUAGAUGUAUUCAUGCAGUAAACCAACUCCACCCUAAGUAAAACUCCACCCUAAGUAAAACUCCACCCUAAGUAAAACUCCACCCUAAGUAAAACUCGAGCCCUACUCCACGACAGUAAUAUCUACCCAAGUAAAACACCAUGAAAGCAGAACUCCAACUAGUAAACCUCAACAGUGCAACAGGAAAUUACAAGCUAUGUCGAGAUUUCAUCCAAGAAGUAUGAAAAAGGUGUCAUCCAAAGAAGGCAGUACUACGCAUCACACGCCUACAGCUUCUAUCAAGUACAGUUGUUAUUUGCUGCAGCGCCAGUAGAGCAGUUGAUUCUCCACAGCAGUCAAGUGUGAUCUUAACUAGUUCAUCCACCGACAACAUUCCAAGAACAACAGGGACAAGAAGUGACAAGCACAGCAAGAGGACAACAGGUAUUCACCAGAAGGUUAUUUACGUUCCCACUAUUGAUCUGUAGUUUAAAAUAAGGUAAUUGCAGACAAGUUAUUGUUUAUGUGGGUUAACUGGUGUCUGUUGCAGUACAGGUAUUUUUAUAAUUGCUGUUUUGUUUAGUCACUGUAUUCACUAUGAGUCACACUGUUGAAGUUGAAAACCCUGAAGGGUUAGAAUUGCAUGAGAAUGUUAUUCAGGAUGAUGUAUCUAGUGUAAGAUCUAGAACUAAGACUCAAAAAGGUUAUGAAUAUGAAGUUGAUGUCUGUAAGACAAAUUUUUUGAGUGCAAAAACUGCUUGGAAGAGAGUUUAUAUUGAGAUAAAUAAUAGAUUAGAUGAUCUAGAAUUUAAUCAAAUUAAGGAAGCUAGGAUUUCACUAGUAACCAAGUUUGAAGCUGUACAGAAUGCCUAUGAUAGAUAUGAAGCUCUGGAGCCUUCUAAUAAAUUUACAGAUCAAUAUAUUAAAUGUGAGGAAGACACACAAAGGCUUAUAUUUGAUAUCAGAGAAAGAUCAAAACAAUUUGUUCAAGUUGCAGGUAGUAUUAGGAGUAGUGGACAUUCUAGGUGUUCAAGUAUUUCUUCAUCAAAAGGACAGAAAGAAUUAAUUGAGAAGUUAGCAAAGUUAGACCUAGAAAUGUUGGAAGUCAAAAAUGAAAUUCAGAAUGUAAAAUUAGAAGAAUCAGGGGUUGAGAGUAAGCAAGAUUAUACAAGAAGGUAUGUGGAGUCCCAUUUGAAAACAUUGCCACACCAUAAGCAUAUUGUAUCUGAGAGUAAAGUUAAAUCAAAUGAAGAUCUAAGAGAGAAACUAAACCUUGACGAUGAAUAUGCGAGUAAUCUGAAUCCUAAAGCUAAUUCAUUUUUUCCAAAGGAUGAGGUAUUGGUUAAUCAAACAGAUGAAAGUUCUUGUUCAGGGAGAACAGAAGAAAAGAAUGCUAUCCAACAAUUAGCUGAAAUUCUUUGUGCUAGGCAAAUUAGUGAUUCACUUCCUAGGCCUGAACCAGAAGUCUUCAAAGGUGAUAUACUUCAGUAUUCAAUGUGGGUUAAGUCAUUUGAUACUUUAAUUGAGUCAAAAACUAAAGUAGCAGCUGAAAGAAUGUAUUAUUUAAGCAAAUAUACAGAUGGAGAAGCAAAAGAAGUUAUAAGUGGACUUUUGUUAUUAGAUAGUACUGAAGCUUACAGUAAAGCUAGAAAGCUUUUAAAACAAAGAUUUGGUAAUGCCUUUGUAAUUGCUAAUGCAUAUAGAGAGAAAUUACAUGAGUGGCCAAGGAUUCCUCUAAGUGACGGACCAGCUUUGAUGAAAUUUUCUGAUUUCUUGGAGACAUGCAAGACAGCAAUGAGUAAUAUUCAGUAUUUGAAUAUAUUAAAUGAUCCCAAAGAGAAUCAGAGAAUGUUACAAAAAUUGGCCACAUCCUAUAGUUGAAAGAUGGAAUACAAUUGUAGAUAGGGAGCUAUAUAAAGCCAGUGAACUUGAUGAUGAAAGUGAUGAUGGCUUAUUAUAUUCAGCAGAAUUUCCCUCUUUCACAAAAUUUUGUACAUUUGUAAGAAAAGAAGCUUCAAAGGCAUGCAACCCAAUUACUUCAGUCUCUGCAGUUCAAGAUAAAGGUGUUAGAGGUAAUAUAACAGUAAAUGUUCAAAAACAAAAGUCAAGGUUAGUGAAGAGCUUUGUCACAGAAACCAAUGAAGUCAAUGAUAAAAUAAGUGACAACAGUAGAUUUGCUUGCCCAUUUUGCAGUCAGCUACAUAAUCUUAAUAAUUGUAAUAAGUUUUCAAAUUUGGAUUUGAAAGACAAAAGAAAUUUUGUUAAUAAAAACAAAUUAUGUAGAGGUUGUCUAAAAAGGGGACACAUAUUAAGAUUUUGUCAUCAAAGGAGUAAAUGUAAAACUUGUAAUAAAUUGCAUCCUACUUCUCUCCAUGAUGAAGCACUAGUACAAAAGAACAGAUGGGAGUCUGAAAAUAAAGUUCAAGUUAAGGAACAAGACAAAGAGGCAAAUGUUUCUAAUACAAUUAAAGUUAACAAGUGUAUUGCUAUGGAUGUUAACUCAAUGAUAGUUCCUGUGUGGUUGCACCAUAAAAGUGACGAGCAGAAAAAGGUCUUGGUGUAUGCAUUACUUGAUGAUCAGUCUGAUGUGUGUUUAUUAAAAACAGUGCUCUAGGUAAGUUAGGCAUUGGUGGAAUAAAGGUUCAUCUAAGAUUAGCUACUAUGAAUGGUGAACAAACUGUUACAUGCUCUAAAACUUGUGGUUUAAUUGUAAAGGGUGUGUAUGAAAAUAGAGAUAUACCAUUGCCUCAUACUUAUUCUAGAGAAGUAAUUCCUUGCAGACGAGAUCAAAUACCAAGACCUGAAACUGCCAGAGGGUGGCCACAUUUGGAAAGAAUAGUAGAGAAACUGAUGCCUUACAGUGAUGAUGUAGAAGUAGGACUCCUGAUUGGUCUCAAUUGUAUUAAGGCAAUUAAGCCAAAGGAAAUCAUUACUGGCAAUGACAAUGAUCCCUAUGCAAAACGAACUGAUCUUGGUUGGGGCAUUGUAGGUAAAGUCAGAGGUGUUGAUUCAAAGGAAGUAGAUGUAGUGUCAGUGCACAGAACAAUGAUGCAAGAAGUAAUAAUUUAAUCAUGAGAAGAAAUGUUGUCUUUUCACAGUGCCUACAAAGGUCAAAGAGAUUAUUAAU